UGAAGUCCCGAAAAAAACUUGCUAGUGUCUUACCGCUAGCCCGAUGGCGAGGCUUGCGCAAAAAUCCGCGUGUUUGCAUCGCUUCCGAGCAUAGAUCGCUGUCUGGGACACGGCACGUGGUCUUGAAGCACAGCGAUACCCGCUCACCGCACGCCAGUCGCUGCGCGAGCGUUGAACUGCGAGCAAGCAGCAGCACACGGAGAGCACUGCAAAACCGAGACGCGUGCGACGAUGGCGACCCCACCGGCCCCACCCAAAUCUAACACGCGCAGAGAUGCCCUCCUCAAGCUGGAAGCCCAGGUCCAGCGGCAGUGGGAGACCGAAGGCACGUUCGAGGCCGACGCCGAACAGGGCAAGCCCAAGUUCUUCGUGACCUUCCCGUCCUGACGCAGCGUCCAACAACACAAGAGAAGAGAGGAGGCGAGGGAUGACGCGCGAGAAGACAGGGAACGGCCCGCGGUUGUCCCGGGCCCCGCGAGUACGCGGAACGAACCUGCCCGGGAGCCCGCGUGCGCCCAUGCCCGCGGCUCGCAUUUUACAAAUGCUGUCUGACGCCUCCUCGUCGUACCGUACCGAGAGAGUGUACCGUAUGAACGUAACUAUGCACGUACAGGUACCCCUACAUGAACGGGAGAUUACAUUUGGGACAUGCCUUCUCACUCACGAAAGCGGAGUUCGCCGCUGGUUUCAAAAGAUUGAGAGGAUAUAAUGUCUUAUUCCCCUUCGGCUUCCACUGCACGGGCAUGCCGAUUCAAGCAGCAGCCAAUAAACUAAAAAACGAGAUCGCAACCUAUGGCAAUCCUCCGCAGUUCCCGGAAGACAAGCCGCCCGCACCGACGAAAGAAGUGGACUCCCUCGCGAAGGAGAUGGCCGCCCUCGGCAAGAAGGGCAAGGCCAAAAAAGCGAAGACGGGCCAGAAGGCCGCGGGUACUUCCUACCAGUGGCAAGCUCUGGAGAAGAUGGGUAUCCCUGCCAAUGAAAUUGCUGCGUUUGCGGAACCGUACCGGUGGCUGGACUACUUCCCGCCCUAUGGUGUGUCGGAUUUGAAGAAGUUCGGGGCGUCCAUCGACUGGCGGCGGUCAUUUGUCACUACGGAUAAAAACCCGUACUACGAUUCGUUUGUGAGAUGGCAGUUCUUGAAAUUGAAAGAAGGUGACCGCAUCGCGUAUGGUAAAAGAGCUAAUGUGUACGCCGUGAAAGACGCGCAGUGCUGCGCCGACCACGAUCGUAGUUCAGGGGAAGGAGUGGGCCCGCAAGAGUACUCUCUUAUUAAAUUGAAAGUUGCUGAUAGCAAUUGGCCUUGUUUAAAAGCGUGUGGCGACAGUGAGGUGUUUUUGGUGCCCGCGACGCUGCGACCGGAAACGAUGUACGGGCAAACGAAUUGCUAUGUGUUGCCGUCGGGCGACUACGGCGCCUUCCGGCAGGCGAACGGCCAGAUCUUCGUCAUGUCUCACAGAGCGGCCGUCGGCCUGAGCCACCAGGGCGCCUUCACGCCGAAUCCGAACGGCCCCGACGACUUCCAUGGCUAUUCAAAGGAGUGGGGCAAGCCCGAGUUGGUCGGAGCGCUGUUCAAGGGUAGCGAACUACUCGGAUGUCCGCUCAAGGCCCCGCUCGCGAAGUACGAUAUAGUCUACACUCUACCCCUUACGACCAUCAGUAUGGUCAAAGGUACCGGAGUAGUUACCAGUGUACCCUCGGACGCGCCGGACGACUGGAUCGCGCUCCAUGAAUUGAAGACUGACGAGAAGUUACGUACUAAGUACGGCAUCGAAGAGAAGCAUGUAGCGUUUGAUGUGGUACCUAUAAUAAACAUCAGCGUCGAAAAGUCGGGCGAGGGCAAGACGGCGAAGAAGGCCUGGUCGUCGGACAAGUCCGCCGAGUACUGGUGCGAGGAGCUCAAGAUCACGUCUCAGAAGGAUGCGGCCAAGCUCAAAAUUGCGAAGGGCGAGACUUAUUUGAAUGGGUUUAAUUAUGGGAUCAUGUUAGUCGGGCCUCAUAAAGGUGAAAAAGUGUCGGACGCGAAGCAGAAGGUCAAGGACGAGUUAAUUGCUUCCGGUGAUGCUCUGCUGUAUUUUGAACCGGAAAGUCAGGUGAUGUCCCGGUCGGGCGAAGAGUGCAUCGUAGCGCAUACGGAGCAGUGGUACCUGAAGUACGGGGAAGAGGCCUGGCGCAACGGUGUCAUGAAGCACGUCGACGAAAGUUUCGAGGCCUACAACGCGGAGUGUCUCGCGCGGUUCAAGUACACGCUCGGGUGGAUGCGCGAGUGGGCGUGCUCUCGUUUAUUUGGCUUGGGCACGAAGAUCCCCUGGGACGACGGCUGGGUCAUCGAAUCCUUGUCGGAUAGUACCAUUUAUAUGGCCUAUUACACCGUAUGUCAUGUGUUACAGGGUAGUGGUUCCACGAAUCUCGAUGGUUCUCAAGAAGCGAACUUCCCCGCCUCGGCGCUCACCCCAGAAGUCUGGGACUACAUCUACCAAUCAAACGCGCCGAAGCCCUCCACCACUAUCCCUGACGCACUCCUCGAGAAGAUGCGCAGCGAGUUCCAGUACUGGUACCCCAUGGACCUGCGAGUGUCCGGUAAAGAUUUGAUCGGCAACCACCUGACGAUGUGCCUGUAUAAUCACGCGGCGAUCUGGCCGAACGAGUCGGAGACGCGGUGGCCCCGGAGCAUGUACACGAACGGUUUUGUACUACUCAACGGGGCCAAGAUGUCCAAGUCGGACGGCAACUUCUUGAUGCUCGACGAGGCCAUCGACUUGUACUCGGCGGACGCGGUUCGCUUUGCCUGUGCGGACGCGGGCGACACGUUGGAGGAUGCUAAUUUUGAGCAGAAGCGGGCCGAUAGUGCGGUGACGAUGUUAUAUGUCGAAGAAAUCUUCGCGCGGGCGGCCAUGCGCGAUCCUACGGUAGGAAAAAAGGACCAGCUGCUCUUGAGAGAUGGAGAAUUGUCUUAUUUCGUCGACCGCGCGUUCAAGAACGAGCUCGGUGCUAUGAUAGCCGAAACUCUAUCAUGCUACGAGACCAUGCGGUGGCGCGACGGCAUCCAGGCCGGCGCCUUUGGGUUGCAGUUACUGAGAGAUGCCUAUAGAGACUGGUGCGCGAAAUCGGGCGUGCCGAUGCACCAAGGUUUGUUAGUUGAUUAUGCUCGGGUGCAGGCAGCUUUACUCGCGCCGGUGUGCCCGCACUUUAGCCAUCACGUCUGGUUCGACGUGCUCAAGGAGAAAGCAGCGAUUAGUUGGCCGGCUGAAAGGCCAGUUGAUAAAGCUCUUUCGAGGUCCUACGGCUUUCUGCGGUCGGCCGCGCGGCAGCUUAGGCUCGACUCCGCGAAGGAGCUCAAAUCGCUCAAGGGCAAGAAGCCGGCCGGCGCCUACGUUUACGUGGCCACGACCUACCCGGACUGGCGCAAGGCCGUGCUCAAGACCGCACGCGCCGUCUGCAACGGGUCGCUGGUCGAGAAGAAGGAGCUGCUCGGGGCGCUGAAGAAGGACCCGGCGUUCGCCAAGGACGGGCCCUUCGCGAAGCAGGCCAAAUUGGCCAUGCAGUUCGGGAGCUUCCAGCACGUGCUUUUUCUGCGUCCUUUACGCCGUCGUCGCGUCGAUGGCGUGGAGGUUACGCCGUCGCCGUGACCGCCGCGUAACCCUUUACAUCGACGCAGGACUACGCGGCGGAGGUCGGGUUGGGCGCGUUCGACGACGUCCUGCCCUUCUCCCAGGUCCAGAUUCUGGAAGAGUCGAAGACGUACGUCCAGAAGAACAUCUGCGGCGGCGACUUAGAUAUUACGAUCGUCGACCUCGACGCCACGCAGGACGCGCCGGGGCCGGAGAAGAAGAGGGCGAACGCGUCGCCGGGCAAGGUGGCGCUGCACGUCUUUGCGGCCGAGGCGUGAGGCGGCGACGGCGUCGUUGGGGGAGUAAGUUCUCGCAGCCACAGCCUAGUAAACCCG